AUGUCCAGCUUCAAGAACUACCUUCACCGUAUUGGAAGAAGUGGGAAGUUUGGGAGGGAAGGUGUGGCGAUUAACUUUGUAACUUGUGAUGAUGAGAGAAUGAUUUUUAAUAUUCAAAAAUUCUACAAUGUGGUUGUUGAGGAGCUUCCAUCAAACCUAGACGAUAAUAUAUCAGGAGAAUUUCAUGGUAACGAUGAUGGUAUAGUGCCAAACUCUGCGUAUGAGGGCAGUAGCAGGAAGAAACAAAGACCUGAAGAUCGGGGUAGCGAAAACCACUUAAAGAGUAGUACUUUUAUCAAGAGGGAGAACGAUAUGUUAGGAAGAAAUCCCUGGUCUGAGAAAAAUAGUGCCGUCUCUCCAGUUUCUCGUGACGCGGGACCAGACAAAGAUGUUCAAGAUAUGACACUAGAGGAUGCAAAGACCUCAGAUGGGUUCAACCACGUCAACGUAGCUGAGAAUCUCUACUCUGCAGAUCCCAUGUUGUGUGACAGUUCCACUUCAACAAAUACUGGCGUAUAUAAUAAUUAUUCCGUCAACAACAUUCCAGAUGCAGAAAAUAAUCUUAGCUUUUUGAAUAGUGAAGAUAAAGAAAGCAAUGAUCUCUUCUAUGGAUGGGGUGAUAUUGGAAAUUUUGAAGAUGUGGACAAUAUGCUUAGGAGCUGUGAUUCAACUUUCGGGUUGGAGAGUAUUGAUAAUGAAGAUAACUUGUGUUGGUUCUCUUCUGCUCAGCCAAAUGAGGAUACAGAAAUCGGGAUGAGAGAUGAUAUAAAACCAGACACAGUGUUGGGAAACCAAAGAACCCCUUUGUUGCAGGUUGAAGACUUUCUGAACAACAGUGAGGCCAACCAUGCUGUUGAAGAUGACUAUGGUUAUACAGCUGUCAGUGCCUCAACUCAAGGAAACUCUUCAGAUAAAGAACAGUGUUCUUAA